UUCUUUCACUUGCACGUGGCCAUAAUUUACUCGCGUAAUUGUUACGGCCCGUAAGUUUAAUCCGUCUGGAGUUCCACUAACACUUUCCUUAAGUAAAUUAAACAAGACCAAGUAGGAAUAGUGAUUUCCUUCAGUGUAAAUCGGGUCGAGAAGUAGUCAGUGUUUUUUCGCAUUUAUAGUGAUGUGCAUCUCUGAGUAAAGACAUGUCGAUUCAUCGAAUAUACGAUGAGAGUAAAAAAUAGUUGAGUUGAUUAAUUAAAAAUGGGAAGAAGAAGAGACAGAAGCUAUGAAAGUUUUGAUGACAGUUUUGAAUUUGACCGGUCCGAUGAAUCUUCUUGGGAGUCUCCGUUUUUUAAACACUCAAAAGAUUCACUGUGGAGACGAGAGUCUUUCACUCAAUACAAUUUCCAUGGUUACAAUGAAAUUCGUAUCACCAAUGUCGUCCCGUUGCUGAUGUCAAUGACUCUAUUAGGACUCAAGGAAUUUAGCGCUCAAAGCAAUCCCAACUUGCAGAUUUCACAAGAACUUGAACCACCAAUAGGAUACAAUAAAGAACCCGAAACUACUUAUAAAGUGGCCUCUACGAGUUCACUGAACGCUGACAUACUGAAUGCAAUGAGAUCUGGUCGAUUAUAUGAAACAAUUAAUCAUCAACAAUCAAUACUCCAGAAUAAAACACCAAUAAGUUUUAACUAUAAUAAUAUAAUCAUACCAAGUGCAGAUUUUGAGCCACCCCUAGAUGAUCUCCCUGAAGAACAAAGUCCAGGUGCAGCAAUGGAAUUGAUUUAUGCUUGGAAAACUGUGGACUUUGAAUUUGAAAGUGAAAAUGACAGAGAGUUAGCAAAAUUUGAGGAAAGAUAUAUCCCGGAAAAUAAUCUUCCUCUAGGGCUUGAAGUUUGGAGGAACAAAGUAUUUAUCACUCUUCCAAAGUGGAGAUCAGGAGUGCCAGCAACGUUGACUUCUGUGCCUCGAUAUUCAAAGACAAAAAGUCCCAAGCUUCGGCCGUAUCCUAGCUGGGGAUGGCAUCGUCAAGAUUCCUGCAACGGAAUGACAUCUGUUUUUCGGAUUCAAGUUGACGAAUGUGAUCGUUUAUGGGUGUUAGACUCUGGCACAGUGAAUUUAACCAAAACUCCACAACAAAUUUGUCCUCCAGCCAUUUUUAUCUUUGAUCUGAGAACAGAUAGAUUGCUAAGAAGAUAUCAACUACCAGAGGAGCAAGUGAAACAAGACUCUCUCUGGUCAAACAUAGUAGUUGAUAUACGUGAUGGAAACUGUGAUUAUGCAAGAGCUUAUUUAUCAGAUGUGUGGCGGUUUGGAAUGGUUAUUUACGACUUAUUUAGCGAUUCUUCAUUCCGAAUACAGCAUCAUUUUUUCUUUCCGGAUCCUCUUUCUUCAAGAUAUGACCUUCAUGGUCUUCGAUUCCACUGGAUGGACGGGAUCUUCAGUUUAGCAUUGAGCCCAAUUGAUAUCAACAAUGACCGGACGUUAUUUUUUCAUCCAAUGUCCAGCUUUCGUGAAUUCGCAGUGUCAACAUCACUCUUAAUUGAUAAAGAAUCUGUAGAUGCUAAUAUAGAAAGCUUUGUGCCUGUUGGUAAACCAAGAGCAAAAGAUUUUGGCCACUCCUCUGGUGCUGCAAUAGAUCGAAAUGGUGUCAUGUUUUUUGAUAUGGUUACCAGAGAUUCAGUAUGGUGCUGGGACACUAGAAAAGAAUACUUACCUCAGAAUUUAGGACUCGUUGGAGUCAGUAAUGAAACUCUUAUCUUCCCAAAUGACUUGAGAAUGGAUAAUGAAGAGCGACAGAGUUUUUGGACCAUUUCGAACAAGCUGCCAAUAUUUUUAUACGGAGUUUGGAAUCCGGAAGAUAUUAAUUUUCGAGUUUAUCGGGCUUAUGUUGAUAACGCGGUGAAAGGCACAAUUUGCGACCCCGAUUACUUAGUUUCAGAAUCUGAAAAUAUUUAUGAUGAGACUUGUUGAUAAUUAAUUUUAAUAAAAUAUUUUUUUAAAUUU